UAUCAAAAAUCGAUAAAAUAUCAGCAACCCUUUCUUGAAUCCGAUCUACAAAGAUUUACAAAUAAACCGUGGCAAACACACUUUUAUAAUAAUUUAAUGUGAAUUAUCGCGUUAGAGGUAGAAUUUCUGCUAAAUUUAUGUGAUGGACCUGUUAAGCUUUUAAAAAAUUUAAGGAAUAAGGAUGCAUAUCAGAAAAAAAUUACAUUAAGUACAACAGUGCAACUGCUUACAUUCAACAACGUUCGUGGUUCUGGAUGUCAUUGGUUGCCAAAAUGAGUAGCGACUCUCAAGUACAAGAUAAACUCGUCAACAAUAAUCGUUCCAGGCGCAACGCAAAUGAUUUUAUAUUUGGAAAACUAAUCGGCGAAGGCAGUUUUAGUGUAGUAUAUUUAGCAAAGGAUAUCCAUACAUCAAAAGAAUAUGCAACAGUGGUUGUCCGAUCGUUCGAAGCUGCACCCAAAGCAGCCAGCAGCACCAGUACAGCAGCACCAAUACAGCCACCAGCAGUGAGCCGGGUGUGAGAUCACUCAGCACAGCGACACGGACUCGACUGUCAACUGAUGGGCUUGGAUUAAAAAGAUCUAUUCACGGUGCACAGAUCAAAACUGCAGCUGGCAUUUUGCACCAAUACAGCCAAAGUUGUGAGCCGGGUACAGAACGUAUCGACACAACUCACAAUCUAGUUGACCUUUAGCGCGAAUAAUACACUCUUUUGUUUGGCUAUUCGUACACACGGACCGGAUUGUAAUAGAACGACCACUUUGCACGUCCGUUUCUGUCGAGUGUUCGACGCGGAAUGAUUCUAGAACACUUGAACACACUUGUUUACCAAACGUGAUCUGGUGUGAGAGCAGGGAUGCCAGUUAAGGUGUGUGAGAAACAGCUCAUCGUGCGAGAAAAGAAACAGGAGUACGUCAAGCGCGAACGUGAAGCUCUUAAUAUUCUAAGCGGAACGCCAGGAUUUCUAAGCCUAUAUUGCACGUUUCAAGACACUAGCAAACUGUAUUUUGUUAUGACGUAUGCCAAAAAUGGAACUCUAUUACAAUUGUUGGAAAAAACAAAGGCAUUUGAUAACUCAGCUGCGAAAUUUUAUUCUGCGCAAAUCUUACAGUCCAUCGAGCAAAUGCAUAAUAAUAAAAUAAUACACCGGGAUUUGAAGCCAGAAAAUAUAUUGCUGGAUGAACAUUUUCACACUAUGAUAGCAGACUUUGGCUCAGCCCGUAUCGGAGAUACAGGAGCUGAUUGUAACAGCAGUAAUGAUAGCGAAAAAGAAAAAUCAGAUUCAGAUUCAGAUGAAGGAAACAAUCGUCGGAAAUAUUUGAAACAUAAACGAGGCAGCUUUGUUGGUACAGCGCAGUAUGUAUCACCAGAAAUAAUUAAAGGAAAACCUUCAAGCAGAGCUUCAGAUCUCUGGUCACUAGGAUGUAUCAUUUAUCAAUUGGUAGCUGGAGUUCCACCAUUUCGUGGACCAAACGAUUAUUUAAUUUUUCAAAAAAUAACUAGGUUGGAAUUAGAAUUUCCUAGCGACUUCGAUGAAGGAGCAAAGGAUUUAGUCUCAAAGUUGUUAGUUCUUGACCCAAAAAAUAGGUUAGGUGCCAGGGAUAAUUCUCCUUAUGCUAGCAUACGAAAUCAUCACUUUUUUGAAGCAACGGAUUUUUCUGCUAUACGCAAAGCGGUUUCGCCAGUUGUGCACUCCUCUGAAGGCAUUGUAGUUGCUAAAGAUGGCAGCGAGAAUGAUGGAUUUAAUUUUCCUGAUCACAUAACACCAGGUCUAGAUGAUAAACAUUUAACAAGACUAAUGGGUUUGGAAUUAGGAGUGUCCCCGGAUGUGCCAAGCUCAUCGUCAGAUGUUAAAAGUUCGACUAAUAUAAGUGAAAUCGAUAGAAUAACUAAAUUAGAGAAACAGAAAUCCGAUUUAUGGCAUCAGUUUGUUGAAGGUGAAUUGAUUCUGAAGCAAGGUUUUGUAAAUAAACGUAAAAGUGCACUCUACGUACCGAGACGUCGAAUGCUACUGCUCACUUCAGGACCCCGAUUAAUAUAUAUAGAUCCAGUGCAGAUGAUUAAAAAAGGCGAAAUUCCUUGGAGUGCAGAGUUAAAAGUUGAGGCGAAAAAUUUCAAAAACUUCUUUGUUCAUACGCCUCACCGAACGUACUAUUUAGAGGAUCCAAAAGGAUAUGCACUUGAAUGGUGUCAAGCAAUAAAAGAAACAUACGAUAAAAUAUAUGGAAAAUAAAUGUAGCUUCUUCUUAAUUUUAACAAAAUACAAAAAUAGAUUAAAUUCA